AAAUUUCAAUAUCGCGCUCAACUUUUCAUUUUGCCCGCUGUAACCUAAAAAGUUUGCUCUUCCCUCUUCCCUCUUCCCUCUUCCCUCUUCUUCUUCUUCCCUUCUUCAUUCUAGAACUCACUUUACUCAGAAACUUCACCCAAAUUCCACCGAGGAACGUUCCCGCCUCUCUCCUCGAACACCCACAAUUCUGGUGGGUAUUUUCACGCCGCCCCCCUCUCUCCUCUGAGCUUCGUGUUAGGGUUUGGUGCAUAUCCCUCAUUUUUUUUUUGUUCUUAAGAUGUCAUAUAGACGUAGAGGUGGUUUGAAUGGGAGGGGGAGCCAUCAUCCGACCUCCAGGAUACCGUUCUAAUGCCCAAACAAGUAGUCACAUUAUAGGUGAAGAGACUCCACAAUUGUCAAAUUAUGGGCAUGAGGCAGAAGCAAACACGCUGAAUCAGGUGCUUAAUUAUAGGUCUAAUGCGGCAACAAGCAUGCUCCAUCGUGUGCCUAAUUCUGUGACCCAUGUAGCAAGCACCAUCCACCACCAGGCAGCAUCAAACAUGAAUAUGGCAGCAGCUAACACAGCUCAUCAGGUGCCAAACACAGCCAGUCAAGGCCCCCAUCAAGUGCCCCAGACAACCCCCCUCCAUAGUGCUGAUGCAACCCACAAUCGUGAAGCAAUCACAGUCUUAUCUGAUGAGACAGGUAACCCUGAAAAGGUUGACUAUGUGCUGCACCCUGACGGAUUAUGGUUUCCUCAUCGUGUUGUGGUUGGCAAGGUUUCUGGGACAUCUUAUAAGACAUAUUUUAAGGGACCCUAUUGCAAUUGGAAGAUGACUCCACCGCAAGUUCAACAAAGGUGGUGGAAUGCUUUCAAGCAUGAGUUCUCAUGGGAUCCGUCAGUAGCUAAGUUGGUUAAGAAGGGAUGGAAAUCGAAGGUAAGUAGGCUCCUUAGUGGCAUGGUGUCAAAGAUGUGCAAUCAGCCUGACUACAAUGCUGAAUGGUGUCCUCCUACCACAAGGGAAGAAAUGAUUCAAAUUAGGGAAGAAGAGGAGAACAAAAAAAAGUCAAAUCAAUGUUCAAAAAAUCGGAAUGGAAACGGUGACCAAAAGAUUCACCAUCGACAAGGAUCCAUAUCUACAGAAGAAGUGAGGCUAAAAUUGGCAAAGAAGUUGGGACGUCCGCCAACUCCAUCAGAGGUUUACUUUGAAACCCAUGCGGAUAGUGGUGGUCGAUUUGUUAAUGCUAAGGCAGAAGCUGUGUGGAAUGACUAUAAAAACAGAAAAGAUGCAAAUCUACAAUGUGAGGUUGAGAAUCGAAGAACAGAUGAUGAGUUGUUCCUUGAGGCUACUGGUGGGUGGAGUGACAAGGGAAGAAUAUGUGGUUUGGGAGCAGCAACUGACUCUUUCUAUGAGAGACCCGAAGAUAGGAGGACAAAAAAAUCACGAUCAGAUUAUGCAAUGGAACAAAAGAAAGAGCUUCUUGAAACCAAGGAGAACCUUGCUCAAACCCAAGAGAAUCUUGCUGAAACCCAAACAAAACUUGCUGAAACUCAAAAACAAUUGGAUGCUCUUCAUGAACAAGUGCGACUUAUUGUGCAAGCCAACAAUCUUUCGGUCACUCCUACUUCUACAUCCUCGCCUUGAGCCACACUUAUUUGCUAGAUGGAUGACUUCAAGCGUAAUGGAUUGAAGAUGACUUCAAGCCUCAUGUUAGUAUAUUUUGUAAUUAAUGGUACAAAAUAUUAACCUAAGUUAGAGGGGCUGCUUUUGCAUAGUGGUAUACGCUCCUUCCUUGUUAGCCAAUUUCUAAGCUUAGUUAGUUAGAUGAUCUAGUACUUUUGGGCAUACUUGGAAAAUUCUAUUACAACUGUUAUUAUUUUGUAAGUCCCUUUUAUUUUACUUUUAAUAUUCAAAAUUCAGGUAUAUUAAAGCUUA